UAACCAAUAUUGGUCUGUUUCUGUAAUAUUUCCACUCGCCUGGGUAAUACAGUGUUGUGGCUAGUGUGGUUCUAUAGUGACUUGGCUUGCUGACACAGGCGAAUACAGCAGGAAUGUGUAGCAAAAGAAUCAGGCCCUGUAGUGUGCUGGCGCUCUAUCUCUCAGGAACUGUACUAGACUUGGAGCUACAAGUGUGAGGUGCAAUCUGACCUCUAGGGAGAGGGUGUACUUUAUACCCAGUCAAGUCCGGACUGACUCAUCUAACCCAUGAUAAGUGUUCUCAGUGCCCAUUCAUGUCGCCCUGUCUGGAGGAACAAUGCUACACCGUAUCUGAACCACAACUGUGUACACAGAUACUAGUCCUCGGGGGGGGAGUCAUACCUAAAUAUCAUAUAAAUAUUACCACGCCGCUAUUCCGUGCCGCUACUUGACAUAUUGUGGAUAAACGUAUGUUGCGGAGAGGAGUACUCGGAACAGAACCAGAAUGGUAGACACCCAAACAGUGUUGGAGACUGCUGACGGCGACUAAAUCCACCUCUUCCGCAUCGUUUCAGGAGGAGUGAGAAAGGUGAUGGGGUGCACACCCAGUAUUCAUGUCUCACAGACUGGGGUAGUUUACUGUCGCGAGUCGGAUGACUCUAACUCACCACGCCCAUCCUACAGUGCCACAACCUACCACGCCGCUCACGGACAGAUCAUACGUACGGAGGUAACGGACACAAGCGUGUCUUCACCUUACACAGGAUCGCCCUCGGGGAAACCCCUGAAGAAAAUUCCUACCACAGAAAAUGAUAUAUCUUUUGGACCAAUGAAAUUAAACCAGCACACGAUGUCGAUUUUACUGGUAUUUGCGAAAGAAGAUGCACAAAGUGAUGGUUUCUGGUGUGCGGCUGACAGGAUUGGAUAUAAGUGUAACAUUUCUCGGAAUCCUGAAGGAGCACUGGAAUGUUACCUUGAUAAGCACCACGACGUUGUUGUCAUUGAUCACAGAUCUACUAAACACUUUGAUGCCGAGGCACUCUGCCGGUCUAUCAGAGCAACCAAAGCCAGCGAGCACACAGUCUUAGUCGCAGUGACAAAAGGACACACCACAGACAAGGAAGAACCCUCCAUAUUACAUCUACUGAAAUCAGGUUUCAACAGAAGGUACAUUGAGAAGCCAAAUGUAGGGAGCUGUAUCAACGAGUUGCUGUCGCUGGAGCAUGGCGAGGUUCGCUCCCAGAUCAAGCUGAAAGCUUGUAUCGCUCUCUUCACAGCACUUGACAAUGUGUCUGAUGCUGUGGAGAUUACUAACGAAGAGAAUGAAAUUCAGUAUGUGAAUCAGGGGUAUGAACGUCUGACAGGCUACUCCAGCCAGGAAGUCUGUGGCCAGGAUGCACGGGAACUCCCUAGAUCAGAUAAAAACAAACCUGACCUACAAGAAACCAUCAACGGGCAGCUGAAGAAGGGGAAGUAUUGGGAAGGAACAUACCACACAAGGAGGAAAAGUGGGGAGACGAUACCACACCACUGUAAGGUGGCACCAGUAUUAGGGCCAGGGGGGAAAAUUUGUCAAUUUGUGUCAGUAAGAACAUCUCCACUAGAUCUCUCCCAGCACAUGGAACGCAUCAAGGACUCCGACUACACCCAACUAGCCAAUGGUGGAAUCCAUGGUUUCCCAAAGCGACGGGAGUCUAUAGCGCGGAUACACUCCAUGACAAUCGAGGCUCCUAUUACAAAGGUGAUCAACAUCAUCAACGCAGCCCAGGAGAACUGCCCUCUAACGGUGGUUCAAUCCCUGGACCGCGUGCUAGAUAUCCUCCGCACUAGCGAGCUGUACUCACCAUAUUUUGCUCAACGUAUGAAGGAUGAGGACCCAAUGACCUCUGACCUUGUCGGCGGUUUAGUAUCACAAAAUAUGAAACGUCGACUCUCAGGUCAUGAUACACAUAUACCCAAAAUAGCUCAUCAUCCUCAUGCUCACAUUCCGUCUAGUCCGACUGCCCUGACACAGAUCCCAGAAAACAUACAGGCAAUUCUUGAGAAUGAGAAAACUUGGGACUUUGAUAUAAUAGAGUUGGAGAAAGGCACCAAUAAAAGACCUCUAGUGUAUUUAGGUUUACAAAUAUUCUCCCGGUUUGGAGUGUGCGAGUAUUUGAAUAUCAGUGAAACCUGUCUGACGAACUGGUUACAGUUGAUCGAAGUCAGUUACCACGCCUGUAAUCCUUAUCACAACUCCACACAUGCAGCCGAUGUCCUUCACGCCACUGCAUUCUUCCUGGAUAGAGAAAGGGUCAAGAAUGUGUUUGACCAAGGUGAUGAAGUUGCAGCUCUGAUUGCUGCUGUCAUUCAUGACGUUGACCACCCUGCCAGAACCAAUGCGUUCCUCAUCAACGACGGCAACAGCCUUGCGCUUCUCUAUAAUGAUGUGGCUGUACUGGAGAACCACCAUGCAGCAUUAGCAUUCCAACUCACACACAGGGACGAGAAUGUCAAUAUCUUCAAGAACCUGGAGAGGGAUGAGUAUCGGCAGAUGCGGCACAUGAUCAUCGACAUGGUGUUGGCAACUGAAAUGAAACAGCAUUUUGAGCAUUUGUCAAAGUUUGUAAAUAGUAUCAACAAAAGUCCACUCCGGUCGGAGGAGGAGAUGUCAGAGAGCAGUCACACGUCAUAUGAAACGCCGCUGUCCGUGGCCCAGCUGUCUACCCUGGAGAACCGCACCCUCAUUAAGCGGAUGUUGAUAAAGUGUGCUGAUGUCUCCAACCCAGUACGCCCCAUUGAUAUGUGUGUUGAGUGGGCCAAGAGGAUAGCUGAGGAGUACUUCAGUCAGACUGACGAGGAGAAGGAGCGGAAGCUGCCAGUGGUGAUGCCGGUGUUUGACCGCAAGUCCUGCAGUAUACCCAAAUCUCAAACUAGCUUCAUUGAUGUCUUCAUCCAGACCAUGUUUGAAGCAUGGGAUCAAUUCAGUGACAUCCCAGAACUGAUGUCCCAUCUCCAUGACAACUACAAAUACUGGAAGGACAAGGAGGACAGUGAGAAGGAGGAGAUGGAGAAAGAGGGGGAAACUCAGGACAACAUCAUCCAAGAUGACUGCAGUGAACAGGACACCAUAGAUGAUGAUUCGGGAAAAACAUGAUCCAGCCUCCAUCUCCAUAGCAACACGUCUUACUUACCUGAAGAGAGUGCCACAUUUGAUGGCAGUCAUUUUCUAGUCGGCUCAGGAGGAUAUUUUCACCUCACGACUGAUACAACUUCUAGCCUAGAUACUACUUGCCCAUAGCUAUCAUGUACCUGGGAGGAUAUAUUUCUGAGAAAAAUGGAAAUUGAAGUUGUUCUUGUGCGAGUGCCAGUUGUUUUAAUUCUUGAAGGAAGAAAUGCUGAAAUUAAUAUCCAUUUUUCAAAAUGCCAACAGGAAGAAUGAAGUCUUUCAAGAGUGAUGGACUUUUAUCAAGGAAAUAUUUUAUUCCAUCCAAACUGUUACCAGACCAAGAACUGCACAAAUUUGGAGAAAAUACUAGGGACCUAGUAAUGGGCUGUGUUGGAUCAAGACAGGAUCUUUCCUUGACAAGUGUUCCAUUAAACGCAAUACCUACUGUGAAAUGUGAUUGUAUAAAUUGUUUGAAGGAGUUUAUAUAUAUAUAUAUAUUUGUGAAUGUACAUUCUUCCCUAUCCCUCCAUGUUGGAGCAACUGGUUGUAUUGCGUCCGUUGUGGAGACAGACGUGUAGGCCUCAUGAUGGACCUGCUACUGGUACCUGCAUUUACUGAAACAGUCAUGGUUAGGACAGACUGUGUGAUGAUGUCACAGUGAACACAUGACACAGACUCUAGGUAGCACCCAGGAUUGGACAUCAUGUCAUUACCUGUCAUCACAGCUUCGGUCUCUGUUCCAGAUAUGGACUUAUGGAUUUAAGUAGAUUACAUUCAUUUUUAUGAGGAGGAAGGCCAAGUAUUUUGUCUGAUGAUAUUUAUUUUGAAAUUCAUUCCAGAAUAAGGAGAAGUCUUCGUCAUGGUCACUAAAUCAAGUGGGCAAUAUUUCAGUGAAUUGUGAUCCUUGUUCCUUUUUAUGUCCUGUGAUUACACAGGUAGAAUACUGACUGAUGAUGCAAGCAGAUUAGGGUAUACAGGUAUGCUAACGAACUACCCAGACUGUACUAUAUCUAUACUAAUUUGUCAGGCUUUGUCUUUAAUGCUGGCAAUGUGAUAUGGUUAUGGGGAGUCCAGUAGUAAAAGCACUGAUUUGACAUGCUGAAGACCCAGGUGUAAUUUCCCAAUUCAGGUCAGUGGAUGAAGCUCAUUUUCAGAGUUCUCAACUGUAACAUGACAGGAAUAUUGAUAAAAUGUCCAAAGAGCAAACACUUUUAGACACAAACAUUAUAAGACAAGCAUGAUUAGUGAAUUUAGAAUGGAAGGAAAUCAUUUCACAAAUUAGAAACACAACUGUCUGGAAUAAUCAAGGGAUAUUUAUCAUAGAUAAUAUCUGGCUGAUAAGAAAAAUAGAAAUACUCUUUUAGCAACUGUACUCACUAAAUCUCUGUGAACUGUAAAAGUGAAAGGACUUUAUUAGAGGACCUAAUACUGACUAUGUAGUCUUCUACCUUACUGUAUGGGCACUGAGGAGAUGGACAUUCCACUCUGUGCCGCAUACCACACAUGUGCCAGUCUCAGGUCAUAAAGUGAUGUCAUUAUUUUGGUCAGUUGAGCAUAUUUAUGAAAUAUUAAUUUGGGAAUAUUUAACUUCAUUGAUGCAUAAUUCGGGAAGAUGUCACAUCUGUACAAACUUGCUAGAACUUUGGGGCAUAUUAUGAUUCAUGUGUUAUUUUAACCUUCUCAGGUGGAUAUGUUAAAAUUGUGCAUUCAAUGUUUGAAGAUUAAUAUGAUAUUAAUCUUUUUGCAUAAGUAAUAUGGACUUGUUUUAUGAAACAUUUAAGAACUAAUUUCUACAUGUUAUCUAUUCAUAGUGUUCAACUACAGCCAUCUAAAGUAUGUAGACCUUUACUGAACACCCAUCUGAUGUCUGUCUGUAGGUGGUCAGAGUCAGGUAUUUCUACAGGGAUUAGUAUUCACCAACUUUC